AUGAGCGGUGCUAUUCUAGCCUUUCGGUCACGCUCGGCUCUAAAUUUACCACUGGCAGACCUUUGGGCACUGGGAGCGAUUGUGUACAAACCCACGGUGUCAUCUGACUUGAGUGUUUUGCUUUUACACGUCGACGAGGCCCUCAAAACUGACGCCAGCCACCCCUUGAGCUCUUGCCAUCGGCAGAAAGACGUGUGCGAGCGCUAUGCAAAGCAGACGUAUCUCCAUCAUGAGGGUGUCCUAUCCCACCGCCGACGGGACUCAUUCCAGGACUCGGGGGGAAGUCGAAACGCCGCUGACCUGGCGAUUAUCAAAGACGACGACAAUCGGCCGGGUCUUGCAGAUCGUUCUGGACAAACUUCACCGGUGAGUGAUCAACGAUCGGUCUGA